AUGCUACAUAAAGAAUCUAAGCAACGUAAAUUAAAGAAUGCUUUGGCUGAUUGGCUAGUAACAGAUUCUCAACCUUUUAAUUUAGCAAAUGGAGAAGGAUUUUUACAUAUGAUUAAUAAGCUUGAUCUUGCAUUUAAGCCACCAUGUUAUGUAACGAUCAAAAAAAAUAUUGGUUAUGAAUAUCAAGUUGCAUUUCAGGCUAUAAAGGAAAUGAUUACUCAUACCUGUUAUAUUGGAAUUACAUGUCAUUGGCUUACAGAAAAUAUGGAAUUAUAUGAUAUAUUAAUUUGUGUUGCACUAAUUAAUUAUUUUCAUAAUGGCAAUAAUAUCUGCCAAACUAUUUUAACUAAACUUCAACUGCUUGGAUUAGAUAGUAAAGUUCUUUUAAAUUUAUGUCUAGAAAAUGAAUUUAAAAAAGAUUAUGAAAAAUUAAGAACGCGAAUUCUUUUAGAUUAUGAAUGGAUUUUAUUAAAAAAAUUAAUUGUUCUUUUUAAACCAAUUGAAGAAGCAAUAGAAUGGUUAGGUGGUCAAAAAUAUUGUACACUUUCUUUAAUAUAUCCAUCUAUUUAUGCAUUAUAUUAUGAUUAUAUACUAAAUAUAGAUAAUAAUAUUAUUAACGAAAGUAAUGAGGAUUCUGAAGAUAAUAAAAGUGUGCUUGAUGAUAAAGAAAGUGAUGAUAAUAAUAAUAAGAAACAAAUUUUUUCAAAUAAUACACAAAUGUCUUUAUCAGAAAUUAAUAAUAUUAUUAAUUCUAUCAAAAAAGCAAUAUAUGACGUGCUAUUUGAAUAUUUUAAUUCACCUAGCCUUUUAGAUUCAAGAUUUAAAAAAAUGUAUGAAUGA